CAGCCUACAUAGUGAGCGUGCUGUGAUUGCAUGUGUUCAUUGUUUUUCUUCUCUGAUUCCUGAGUAGUGAAACAGUCUUGACUGACUGCAGUGAGUCGCCCCGGAGUGGGCGGGGUUAUGCAGCCCUGCAGACUCUCACUGUGCUGUACUCAUCUUCCUCAUUUGAGCUCAUCUCAGUAAAUGAGCUGCUCAGUCACUGUGCUGGGAACGAUUAGACAUACGAAGCUGAAUCAGACACAGCUUUAAUUCAGCUCCACUGCAGCUGUCAGCUCUACAUUUAAAAGCAGAUGCGUUACUUUCGGUUUCAUCUCAUUCAGGAUCCACAAACGCAUCAGUGUCUCCACAGACCAGAACUUUCGUGUUGAUCUGGGUUUGAUGUGUUUUCGAGGUCACUGACUGACAAAAAUCAGGUCCCGCCCACGUUGUGGUUCUGCAGCUGAAGAUGAUGAACUGCGGCUUAUUGACCGACAAGAAUGAACCAGUUCCUCUGAAGAGCAUAGUGGUGGAUCUGCAGGUUAAGGGUCAUGUAGCUACAGUGAGCUCCACUCUGCAGUAUGUAAAUGAAGAAGAGCGCCCCCUGGAGGCCCUGUUUGUCUUCCCCAUGCCUGCAGAAGCUGCUCUCUGCCACUUCAGUGCCAAGAUUGCAGACAAGGAGGUAAUGGCGAAGGUGCAGGAAAAAGAGAAGGCGCGGGAGGAGUAUGAUGAUGCGAUUGCCUCAGGAGAUCAGGCCUUUCUGCUGGAGGAGAGUGACGAGAGUGAGGAUGUGUUCAGGCUGAGUGUGGGGAGUCUGCCUCCAGCCCAGAGUGCUGCUGUAACCUUCAUCUACGUCACUGAGCUCUCUGUGCAGGCUGACCACGCCCUGCGCUUCUGCCUGCCUGCAGUGCUGAAUCCCCGCUACACACAACCAGGUACAGGUGGUGGUAUAGUGUCAGAGAUAACAUCAUCACCAGCAGGUGUUCCCUACUCUCUUUCUCUCACUGCCCAUGUGAGCUCUCCCAACCCCAUCACUAAAGUAGAGUCCAAAUGUCCUCUUGAGCCUCUGAUGUUCCUCAACGCAGACCACACAAAUGCAAAGGUGAGCCUGUCUGCAGGUCAUAUGUUUGAUAGAGAUGUCGAGCUGUUCCUAUAUUAUGAGAACGCCCACCAGCCCACUGCUAUAGUGGAGGCUGGAGAGCCCACAGCACAGCCAGGAACACUCAUGGGAGACCCUGUGGUCAUGCUAAGUUUGUACCCAGAGUUUCCUGCAGGACUGAUGUCAUCUGUAACAUCUUGUGGUGAAUUUGUGUUCGUAAUGGACAGAUCUGGCAGUAUGGGCUGUCCGAUGCAUAGAGGGAAAGAUGCACAGACGCGCAUCGCGAGUGCCAGGGACACUCUGCUCCUACUGUUGAAGAGUCUCCCUCUGGGCUGCUACUUCAAUAUCUAUGGCUUUGGUUCACACUAUGAAUCUUUCUUUCCGAAGAGUGUUGAAUACACUCAGGAGACAAUGGACCAGGCUGUGAAGAGAGUAAAGGAGAUGGAAGCAGACAUGGGUGGCACUGAGAUUCUGCAGCCUCUGAAACACAUCUACAGUCAGCAGUGCAUCCCUAACCAGCCCAGACAGGUCUUCAUGUUCACUGAUGGAGAGGUGUGGAACACCAAAGAAGUUCUUUCCCUCGUGAGAAACAACGCUGAAUCUCACAGGUGCUUCUCGUUUGGGAUUGGUGAAGGUGCGAGCACCGCCCUCAUCACAGGAAUGGCUCGGGAGGGAUGUGGCCAUGCCCAGCUUAUCACAGGCACUGACCGCAUGCAGCCCAAAGUAAUGCAGUCUCUCCGCUAUGCUCUACAGCCAGGUGUGGUUGAUAUUAGUGAAGAGUGGACGGUCCCAGUGGGCAUGUCCGCCACCCGCCUUAGCCCACCCAUUAACAUACUCUUCCAGGGUCAAAGGGCACUGAUUUACGCUCAGCUGAAAGGAGAGAGUCAGAGCUCAGACUCUGAGGGGACUGUAACAGUGAAGUACCGUCUAGCAGAUCAAGAAGUCACCAACACACUCAGCUACUCCCUCAAACCUGCUGAGAAUACAGGACUGUCCAUCCACGGACUGGCUGCCCGCUCUCUGAUCCGCUCUCUGGAACGGGAGGAGCAGAAUGAGGGAGCUGAGAAAGAGGCUUUAAAGGCCAGAGUGGUGGAGCUCAGUGUGCAGGCUGGAGUGAGCAGCUCACACACAGCCUUCAUUGCCGUUCAUAAGGGCAGUGGAGAGGCUGUGAAAGGACCACUGCUGAGGAGGAGAGUUCCUACAGGAGGGAUGUUUCUUAUGAAGAAAGCAAAACAAAAGGGGUUCAUGGGUGGCUUCCUCAGAAGUUGUGGUCCACCACGGAUGCUCAAGGGGUGUCGCCAAAAAGUGGUCAAGGAAAAACUUAAACUGAAGGGUGCAGCACCAAUGAUGGCCAUGGGUGGUGCUGCACCAGAGAUAGAAGAGGACUCUGUAGGCCCUGUGGAAGCUAUUAAAGACCCCCUGCUGCAGCUCAUCUCCCUCCAGAAGGCUUCAGGCUGCUGGGAAAUGGACGGUGCGCUGGUGGAGGUGUUUGGGAAGACAGAGGAAGAGGUGGUCAAGCAGACCCCCGCACAGGUUGAGAUGGGAGUCUGGGCUACAGUUCUGGCUCUGAUCUGGUUACACGGGUUUAAGAUGGACGCUCAAGUUGAGUGGCAGUUUGUGGCCAUGAAGGCAGUGACAUGGAUCCGCAACCAGAAAGUGGUCAGUCUUUCUGAGAGUGUUCGUGUGGGUAAUGAUCUGCUGGGCUGCCAGGUUAAAGAAGAGGAUCUUGGACUCUGAAGUCUUCAUACAUUCUUUCUCUAAAGCUGCUGUGCCUAAUGCAGACUUCAGAAAUCCUUACAGCCCACACCUCAUUUACUAAUGUUUACACAACCACUGGUGUUUAUUUUAAUUUU